UGGAGUGUCAAGAAAGUCAUACAUGAGGGUGUCUAGCCUGUACUUGUACGACAGUGUGCUGAUGUUGGCCAAUGCCUUCUACCGGAAAUUAGAGGACAGGAAGUGGCACAGCAUGGCCAGUCUGAACUGCAUGAGGAAGUCAACUAAACCCUGGAAUGGAGGCUGGUCCAUGCUAGACACAAUCCAAAAGGGGCGGAUUUCUGGGCUCACUGGUUUAAUGGACUUCCGAAGCAAUGGAGCGAACUCUCAUAUCCAGUUUGAGAUCCUAGGGACCAGUUACAGUGAGACAUUUGGAAAAGAUGUAAAGCGG